GCUGGCUUUGGGGGGGUCUCCAUCGGUGUCGGUGCACGAGCGGGGCCGGCGACAGCGAGCCACUCCUGCCAGCCGCGGACAUGGACAUGAAGAAAAGGAUCCACUUAGAGCUGCGGAACAGGACGCCCUCAGAUGUUAAAGAACUCGUUCUUGACAACUGUAGGUCAUGUGAAGGCAAAAUUGAAGGCCUUACAGAUGAGUUUGAAGAGCUGGAAUUCUUAAGUACAAUCAACGUAGGCCUAGCCUCAGUUGCAAACUUACCAAAGUUAAACAAACUUAAGAAGCUCGAACUAAGUGACAACAGAAUCUCAGGAGGACUGGAAGUGUUGGCAGAAAAGUGUCCAAACCUCACGCAUCUAAAUCUAAGUGGCAACAAAAUAAAAGAUCUCGGUACAAUAGAACCUCUGAAAAAGUUAGAAAACCUGAAGAGUUUAGAUCUUUUCAAUUGCGAGGUAACCAACUUGAACGAUUAUAGAGAAAACGUAUUCAAGCUCCUCCCGCAGCUCACAUACCUCGAUGGCUACGAUCGGGAUGACAAAGAAGCACCAGACUCUGAUGCAGAGGGCUACGUGGAAGGCUUAGACGAUGAGGAGGAAGAUGAAGAUGAAGAGGAAUACGAUGAAGAUGCUCAGGUAGUAGAAGACGAAGAAGAUGAGGAGGAAGAGGAGGAAGGAGAAGAGGAAGAUGUGAGCGGAGAAGAGGAGGAGGAUGAAGAAGGCUAUAACGACGGUGAGGUAGAUGAUGACGAAGAUGAAGAAGAACUUGAUGAAGAAAGGGGACAGAAGAGAAAACGAGAACCUGAAGACGAAGGGGAUGAAGAUGACUAAACUGAAUAACCUAUUUUGAAAAUUUCCUAUUGUGAUUUGACUGUUUUUACCCUGUAUCCCCCUCCCCACACCCCCAACUUUUUUUUUUUUUCUCCUGAUUGUAAUGUUGCUGUGGGAACGAGAGGGAGAAGCAGACUGGGUGGGCAAGGGAAUAAAAUACUAUUUUUACUGCCACUCCUCCUCCUAUUCAUUUUAAAUUUUUUCUUUUUUUGUCCCUUUCUUAGUCCCUGUAACUGCAAUAGUAAGUAUAAACCAAGUGGUAAUUUGUUUCUUAUUAUUGGAGUGGAUAGUUUGACAUCUUAAAAAAUAAAAAGUUUAAGAUCAGUGGAUGAUACCCAAAAUAUGCAUAAUCUGUUCUCAGACAGCUAAAUAUCUGUUUGUUGGGAUUUUCCACCGCUGCCAGUCACUAAACACAUUGUAAGCAUUUUUUUAGGGAUGCUGCAGAUCUAGGCAAAGCAUCCCUCCACAGCAACAGGUGUGAGAAUGGCAUAUUGAUAAAGUGAUUUCUUUGUUGCCUGUCCGUGAAUGACUGCCAUUUUCAGCCAAUGCUUUCCCUGCUUCUGUAGGUACCUUUUAUUUUGCUGUUUGUAAAUAGUGACCAAAUGUUUUUCUUUUUUUUUUUUCGGGGUGUUCCUUUGGAUCUGGUUUGUGGGGUGAACUUGCAAUCCCCCUCUCCCUGUGUGUUGUGUUUUUUCCUUUGUUUGUUUUUGGGUUUUUUUUCUUUCUUUUUUUUUGGCUAGGGUAUAGCCAAUACACUGAAAAUGGCAGGCAUUUAAAUAUAUAUAUAAAUAUAUAUAAAAAGUGUUCCUAAUUCCUGAGUUACUAGUGAAAUGAAUUUGACAAUUGUAAUAAAAAAAUGUUUCAACCCUUUUAAAUAAGGUGUGUACUAUUUUGGUCUGUAAUAUAUAACACCUAGUCAAUUUUAAGUGAUGAGAAACUACUUCCACUUGUGCUAUAUACUUUGAAAAUUUUUACAAACCUAAAUACAGGAGGCAGUUCAGCAUGUAGGGUAGGAGGUUUCUUUUCAUACACUCAAGCACGAGAUACUAAUACAAAAUUGUAUUUUCUUACCUAGUGGAAGUCAGUAAAAUGACUGAAAAUACCUAGUGAAUGUACAGUUUUACUUUCAUAUCCCUCUUUAAAAUAGCUUUAGAAGUGACUUGUAUUUCCUAGUCAAUAUUUCAUCUGUAUAAAUACAUUUGCAACAGUUUUUUUUCCCAGAAGAGCCAAACUUUGAGUUUUAUGUCUGUUUGUCAUUGAUGAAUUUCAAUAAAUCUUUUUAUACAA